GUGUCUACGUCCUUAGGUGGUGAAGUGAAAGAUCAAUUUCCCAUUUCAAUCCAUCGCUGCUCCCUUCCACUUACCGCUAGCGAUCAACACUGUUUUGCUAUAAAAGAGAAAAAAUCGGGAGUUUGGAGGGUAAAAUUGGAGAAUGGACGCUAUUGGGAGUGGGUGUUGGGGGCUGUGGAAAUGGAAUCCGCUGCCACAGUCUCGACGCCGUCGUGUACGCCGCAAUUCGGGUUCGGCGGGUGCAACCGGCGGAGGUGGUUACAGGUUUCCGGUUAAGCAAGCGGUGACUGCGGCCUCCCUCGCCCUCACCGGCGACACAAUCGCUCAGCUUAGCAACCGUUGGAAGAAAGCUAAGGAGGGUGGUGACAAUAUAUCUCAGGAUGAACUGUGGAGCCACCUUUCAGACCAUGAUUGGCUACGAGCCCUUCGAAUGACUUCCUAUGGAUUCCUUUUGUAUGGUCCUGGUUCUUAUGCCUGGUACCAGUCUCUUGACCACUUCCUCCCCAAACCAACGGUACAGAACCUAAUGUUAAAGGUUUUACUAAACCAGAUUGUGUUAGGUCCAUGUGUCAUUGCUGUUGUGUUUGCAUGGAACAAUUUAUGGCAACGGAGGCUCUCUGAGCUUCCAGAAAAAUACAGAAGGGAUGCUCUUCCAACGUUACUUUAUGGUUUUAGAUUCUGGAUCCCUGUCAGUGUCUUAAAUUUCUGGGUGGUACCUCUUCAAACUCGAGUGGCUUUCAUGUCAAUGGGCUCAAUAUUCUGGAAUUUCUAUCUCUCAUCAACAAUGACCAAGUAAAAUGCAUUGUUUACCAGCAAUUUUUUCAUUGAGUUUAAUCAGAAUAUGAUAGUGUUGGGUGAAGAAAAUUGUGGAGGAUGAGUUCUGACUUGGAAAUUGGAUGUUACCAUUGGUGGUGCCAUAUGAAUGAAGUUUUUGCCUGCUGAAGAGAGCUUGUGAUAUGAAAAAAAUAGUUACAUUUUUUUCCUUUUUGCUGACAAUUGUAAACUUUAACUUUCAUAUGAAAAGUUAUGCCGUAGGAGGUUAGCUUUCAAGAAGGAAUGUUAUUAUUUUUUUGAAUAAUUUGUGUACGUUAUGGAUUAUUGUUGAAUCUGAUUAUCAGAAAAUGAGAACAAUGUUCACUAUAUGGAAUUAA